AUGGAUUUCCUUAAUGAAAUGCAGCAAAAGGGUUUGAAAACUAAUGCAAUUACUUACACUAUCUUGAUUAGUGCUUUCUGCAAUGCCAACAAUAUUGAUAAGGCUAUGGCAUUAUUUGAUGAAAUGUUAAAAACCGGGUGUUCUCCAGAUGCAAUUGUGUACUACUGCUUGAUCUCUAGUCUAAGCCAGGCUGGAAGGGUGGAUGAUGCUAGCUCUGUGGCAUCAAUGAUGAAGAAAGUCGGGUUCGACAGGAAGAAUAGAUUGGAGAAAGCUUAUGAGAUGCUUAAGGAUUUAGAGGAAGCUGGAGUGAAGCCUGAUAGUGUUACAUACAACACUUUGAUUUCAUAUUUCAGUGAAACUGGAGAUUUUAGGACGGCCCAUACACUGAUGAGGCGGAUGGUUAAAGAAGGUCUUGUGCCCACCGUUGUUACUUAUGGAACACUGAUUCAUGCAUAUUGCUUGGUGGGCAAUCUUGACGAAGCAAUGAAAUUUUUUACAGACAUGAGUUCUGCAUCAAGGCUAUACAAUGAGUGGGAGGAAUAG